CCACAAAAAUCUUAACCCGUUUUUCUAAAUUUGAGGGAAAUGCAUUAAAAUAACAUUGAAAGGGUUGAUGAAUGAAUCUUGACGCAUGCGCGUUUUACGCCAGACAUAUUUACGAUACAACCCGGAGCGCUGUUUACAACCGAGCUGUGCGCAACUUAAUGGGUUAUGCUGCAAAUUAGCUUCGCUUCCGUAGUGCAUUUGUCUCCAUUUCACAAUGGUGCGUAUGUGUGCUUUUCCUGGAUGUUUCAACAGACAGAAAGCAGUGAGGUUACGACCGCGGCCGGUAUCGCCAGAGGAAAGGCUGACUUUUCAUAGAUUCCCGUUAAAUGAUCCCGAGCGUCUGAAGCUGUGGCUGCUCGCGGUUCACCGGGACGCCAGUUUACCUGUUCAGUCUCUCGACGUUUUGAGGCUGUGCAGUGAACAUUUUUCACGAGACGAUUUUAAAUCAGACGAGGGAAAUGCACGACGAUAUCUGAAGUCAACAGCCGUUCCUGUGUUAUUUUCGAGAACUGAGGAGGCUGAAGAUGAAGAGACCAUUGCUUCUCCUUCUGUUGUGUCAGAGAAGAGCGUGAAGACUGGGGAAAAAGGCACUACACCAGCACCACCUCAAAUAAAGCUAAAAACUAGCCGUCCCACUCAUGACGAAGCCAAAUCUCAGAGCAACGGGCUGAAGAAAUAAACCACUCAUGCCGGAACAUCUCUUAAUAUGUCUGUUGUCCGUCUUUUUUUUUUUUAAAUAUAACAAAUGAUCAUACUGAGUAAGUCCUAGCUGUUCUGUCACAGCUUAAUUGCCACUACUGUAUUUUUGUUUUACUACUUUCUAAAAAUAAAAAUUCUUUUUUUGCAUUUUGUGAAAGAAGAUACAA